GUGUUCAUAUAAAGACAUGUUACCAUUAUCCACUACUCGUGACUUUGCGAUGAGGCAACCACAUGUUCUGGUCUUGCCCUUCCCUGCCCAAGGCCACAUCAAACCCAUGCUCUGCCUAGCAGAACUCCUCUGUCAAGCUGGUCUCCGGGUCACUUUCCUCAACACCCACCAUAGUCACCGUCGUUUAAACAACCUCCAAGACCUCUCCACUCGGUUCCCCACCCUUCAUUUCGAGUCUGUAUCCGAUGGACUCCCUGAAGAUCAUCCACGUAACCUUGUACACUUCAUGCACUUAGUGCACUCAAUCAAGAAUGUUACCAAGCCACUUCUCCGGGAUUUGCUUACCUCUUUGUCCCUUAAAACUGAUAUUCCUCCUGUUAGUUGCAUAAUCGCAGAUGGGAUUUUGUCUUUUGCCAUUGACGUUGCAGAAGAGUUACAAAUAACAGUGAUUAUCUUUCGAACUAUAAGUAGUUGUUGCUUGUGGUCUUAUCUUUGUGUUCCCAAGCUCAUUCAACAAGGAGAGCUUCAAUUUUCAGAUAGUGAUAUGGGUCAGAAAGUUAGCAGCGUUCCAGAAAUGAAAGGCAGUUUAAGACUGCAUGAUCGGCCUUAUUCUUUCGGAUUGAAACAAUUGGAAGACCCUAACUUUCAAUUCUUUGUAAGCGAGACUCAAGCCAUGACUCGAGCUUCUGCUGUUAUCUUCAAUACAUUUGACUCCCUGGAAGCUCCUGUUCUCUCUCAAAUGAUCCCCCUUCUUCCUAAAGUUUACACCAUUGGACCUCUCCAUGCUCUCCGGAAAGCUCGUCUUGGAGAUCUAUCACAACAUUCAUCAUUCAACGGCAACCUGAGGGAAGCAGACCACAACUGCAUCACUUGGCUUGACUCACAGCCGCUAAGAUCUGUUGUUUAUGUGAGUUUCGGAAGCCAUGUGGUUUUAACAAGUGAAGAAUUAUUGGAGUUCUGGCACGGGCUGGUGAACAGCGGUAAGCGGUUCCUGUGGGUCCUUAGACCAGACAUAAUCGCAGGAGAGAAGGACCAUAACCAAAUCAUUGCACGAGAGCCCGAUUUGGGGACAAAAGAAAAAGGGUUGCUUGUGGAUUGGGCUCCCCAAGAGGAGGUCUUGGCUCAUCCAUCGGUGGGUGGGUUCUUGACCCACUGCGGUUGGAACUCGACCCUUGAAAGCAUGGUGGCUGGUGUCCCUAUGCUAUGUUGGCCCAAACUACCUGACCAAUUGGUCAACAGCAGUUGCGUGAGUGAGGUGUGGAAGAUUGGACUUGACCUGAAGGAUAUGUGUGAUAGGUCAACGGUGGAGAAGAUGGUCAGGGCAUUGAUGGAAGAUCGAAGGGAGGAGGUUAUGAGAUCAGUGGAUGGAAUUUCGAAGCUGGCUCGAGAGAGUGUUAGCCAUGGCGGGUCUUCCUCUAGCAACUUAGAGAUGCUAAUUCAAGAACUUGAAACUUAAUAACAUGUUAUGAUGGAGUACUUUGGUUUCAAUUA